UAAGUUGGAGGCGUCUCGUUUCCAGCCCCGCGUGGGGCCGCGCGUCUUGAUGACGUCAUUCAGGCGCCAAGUAGUUGAAUGGCGGCUCCCGUCUCUGCAGCGAACCACCGCGCUAUGGAUCCGGCAGUGGUUUCCUAAGGCAGCCAAUUUUGACUCUCCACGGGCCAACACCAUGGCAUUUCCUCAUCUGCAGCAGCCCAGCUUCCUACUGGCUACCCUGAAAGCUGACUCUAUCAAUAAGCCUUUUGCACAGCGGUGCCAAGACUUGGCUAAAAUCAUUGAGGAUUUUCCAGCAAAGGAGCUACACACCAUCUUCCCCUGGCUGGUAGAGAGCAUUUUUGGCAGCUUGGAUGGUCUCCUUGUCGGCUGGAAUCUUCGCUGCCUCCAGAGUCGUGUGAGCCCAGUGGAGUUCAGCAUCGUGAUGGAAUUUCUGGACCCAGGUGGCCCAAUGAUGAAACUGGUGUAUAAGCUUCAAGCUGAAGACUACAAGUUUGAGUUUCCCAUCUCCUACUUGCCUGGCCCUGUGAAGGCAUGCAUCCAGGAGCGGGUUCUUCCUGACAGCCCCCUGUACCACAACAAGAUCCAGUUUCCCCCCACCGGCGGGCCAAGCCUGAACUUAACCCUCAAUUCGUUCGAGUAUUACUUAUUCUUCUUUGCUGCGAGCCUCAUCACUCAGAAGCCACUCCCUGGGACCCUUCACGUCCGUACUUCAGACUGUGCCUAUUUCAUCCUAGUAGAUAGGUACCUGGCAUGGUUCCUGCCCACAGAAGGCAGCGUGCCCCCGCCAUUCUCCUCCAGCCCAGGGGGGCCUACUCCAUCCCCAGCUCCCAGGACACCAACAAUGCCUUUUGCUUCCUAUGGCCUCCACCACACCAGCCUCCUGAAGCGACACAUCUCUCAUCAGACAUCAGUGAAUGCAGACCCUGCCUCCCACGAGAUCUGGAGGUCGGAAACGCUGCUCCAGGUCUUUGUUGAAAUGUGGCUUCACCAUUAUUCCUUGGAGAUGUACCAAAAGCUGCAGUCCCCUCAUGCCAAGCUGGAGGUUCUGCACUACCGACUCAGUGUCUCCAGCGCCCUCCACAGCCCUGCCCAACCCAGUCUCCAGGCCCUCCACGCCUACCAAGAGUCCUUCUCCCCCACUGAGGAGCAUGUGCUGGUGGUACGCCUGCUGCUCAAGCACCUGCACGCCUUCUCCACCAGCCUGAAGCCUGAGCAGCUCUCGCCCUCCACACACUCGCACGCCACCAGCCCCUUGGAGGAGUUCAAGAGGGCUGCUAUCCCCAGGUUUGUCCAGCAGAAGCUCUACCUCUUUCUUCAGCACUGCUUUGGUCACUGGCCCCUUGAUGCGUCCUUCCGAGCCGUGCUGGAGAUGUGGCUGAGCUACCUACAGCCGUGGCGGUAUGCCCCUGAGAAGCAGGCUCAGAGCAGCGACAUCCAGCCCCGGAGUGUGUCCGAGAGAUGGUCACCUUUUGUGCAGGAGAAUCUGCUCAUGUACACCAAACUCUUCGUGGGCUUCCUGGGUCGUGCCCUCCGCACUGACUUGGUCAGCCCCAAGAACGCGCUCAUGGUGUUCCGCGUAGCCAAAGUCUUUGCACAGCCCAACCUGGCCGAGAUGAUUCAGAAAGGUGAGCAGCUGUUCCUGGAGCCUGAGCUCGUCAUCCCCCACCGCCAGCACCGGUUCUUCACUACGCCUACAUUUACCGGAAGUUUCCUUUCGUCGUGGCCACCAGCUGUCACUGACAUCUCCUUCAAAGUGAAAAACCAUGUCUAUAGCCUGGAGGGCCAGGACUGCAAAUAUACCCCAAUGUUCGGGCCCGAAGUCCGGAUGUUGGUCUUGCGCCUGGCUCAGCUCAUCACGAGGGCCAAGCAAACAGCCAAGUCCAUCUCUGACCAGUGUGGCGAGUCCACCAGCAGCCACCCCUUCCUGGCCUGGCUGGGUUUCUGCUCCAGUGACACCAACGGCUGUAGUCCCGCCAAUGACUUAGACGAGAUGGGACAGGACAGCAUCCGCAAGACGGAUGAGUACCUGGAGAAGGCCCUGGAGUACCUGUGCCAGAUGUUCCGACUCAGUGAGGCUCAGCUGGCCCAGCUUACACUCGCCCUGGGGACGGCUCAGGAUGAGAAUGGGAAGAAGCAGCUCCCGGACUGUAUUGUGGGUGAGGAUGGACUCAUCCUCACGCCCCUGGGUCGUUACCAGAUCAUAAAUGGGCUGCGCCGGUUUGACAUCGAGUACCAGGGAGACUCGGAACUGCAGCCCAUCCGGAGCUAUGAGAUCGCGGGGCUGGUCCGUGUGCUCUUCCGUCUGUCCUCUGUCAUCAACCAAAAGUUUGCAGGUCAGAUGGCAGCCCUGUGCUCGAGAGCAGAUUUCCUCGGUAGCUUCUGCCGCUACCACCUGAUGGAGCCUGGACUGGCUGACAAGCACCUGCUGAGCCCUGUGGGCAGGGCUGGGAUGGCCAGCCGCGUCCGUGGCCCCCGACUGAGCCUGCGCUUCCUGGGCAGCUACCGCACACUCUUGUCCCUGUUGUUGACCUUCUUCGUGGCCUCUCUGUUCUGUGUUGGGCCCCUGCCCUGCACCCUGUUCCUUGUGCUGGGGUACCUUCUCUAUGCUAUGGCCAUGACCCUGCUGACUGAGCGAGGCAAGCUGCACCAGCUCUGAUGGCGGGCGGGACAGACGAUGCCCUCACAGGCACUGGGAGCCCCCAGCCUGAGCCUGCCCACCUUCGCACUUGUAGGCGGGUCUCUCUGAUGCUGUGGCACUGCCAAGAGAAGGCAAAGCGAGGACUGCAUGGCUUAGGCUUGGAAAGAGAAACAGCAGCGAAGAACUCAGGCACUCAUGGAGGCCACCACAGGCCGGGCUGGACCCUAGCCCUCCUCUGGGGACCCUUCAUCGAGGGGGCUCCCAAGUCCUUUCCUUGUUGGCAUCAUUGUAGGAUUUCUCCGUGUUUUUCCCAGGGAGAAGAGGGGAAGACAGCCAGGCCUUCACCACUUGCAAUUCCCUCCCGGCCUUAUGGUGGGCAUGAGGGGACAGCUCAGUCCCACCCACUCCCCUGCUAGGGUAGGAUCAGAGACCCUGAGAGAACUUGACCUGCUUCUCUGACUCCUAAUUGUAAAGCUAAGUUUUGCCACCACCUUUGACCAAGCAAGUGAGGGUCAUUGUCCUUCGUGUUUUCCCAGUAUUCCAACCUGUGCCUGGAUCGCUCCGUUUUGAGGAGCAUUGAUCCUUCAGAAACACAGGCUGAUCGGAGUGUUUAUCCACACAUUCCGGAGGCCCUGUUUGGUUGGCCGUUCUCCGGCACGGGUGCUACUGGCUCCCUGGAGUCCCAUCGCUGGCACCAAAGAUGACCAGAGCAUUGUUUGUGUCUUCAAUAAAAUCUUUUAAAAAGAA